AUGGGUUUUGCUAGUAACAAGAGUUUCUAUGAUACUGUGGUUAAUUAUGGCAUGAGAAAGUCUGAUCAUUCUGUGUUCCCUCAUGAUUAUUGGAACUCUAUUGUUCUUAAUCACCCUUCAACUUUUGAUUCUAUAGCAAUGGAGCCAGAGAUAAAAGAUUUGAACUUGCUUUUUUUGGGGAGGAAAGAAUAUUAUAAGAGAGUUGGGAAGGUUUGGAAAAGAGGAUACCUUCUGUACGGACCACCAGGUACGGGGAAAUCAAGCUUGAUAGCUGCCAUGGCUAACUAUCUAAGGUUUGACUUGGAUUUGGAAGAAGUGCAAUGCAAUUCAGAUCUUAGGAAGUUGUUGAUUGGGACAGGAAGCAAGUCAAUUUUGGUCAUUGAAGACAUUGAUUGCUCUGUUCAAUUGCACAAUAGGGAAGAUGCUCAUGGAACCAAUGUCGAUGAUAAAUUUCUAAUUAAGGUUACUCUGUCGGGGCUACUAAAUUUCAUUGAUGGAUUGUGGUCGAGUUGUGGAGAAGAAAGAAUAGUGAUAUGCACAACAAAUGACAAAGAACGUCUUGACCCUGCAUUGUUGAGACCUGGUAGAAUGGACUUGCACAUUCACAUGUCAUAUUGCUCUUUCACUGCUUUCAAGACACUGGCUUCUAACUACUUAAGAAUUCAGAACCAUCAUCAUCCUAUGUUUGAUGACAUACAAGGUUUGUUGGACAAGGUUAAUGCAACACCUGCUGAGGUUGUAGGAGAGUUGAUGAAGAGUGAAAAUGUGAACAUUGCACUCAAAGGCCUCAUCAACUUCCUCCAAAGCAAGCACAAUACUUCCAAAUAA